UUAAAUCCAAGCAGAGCCGAACAUGGGUUUGUUGACAGAUCCUACAGCCGGAUCUGGAAAAAUAAUAAAAUUAUUAUUAAAAUGGGAACAACCACUUUGUUUUCUUCUUUAUGUCAGUGGAAUUAUUUGGAUAUUACUUCUCGCUCUACCGACAUUUAAUGACAAUACUUAUUUUUCUGAAAAUGCAUUGUUGCCUGGGUUGGUUACCAAAGAAAGUAACUUGGAACAAAUAUCAAAACAAAAUUACGUAGAAUUAAUGCAUGAAAUGGAACGGAACCCUGAUGCAAUGCCAUACGCGUGGCUGGCUGCUAAAUUAAAUCAGCUUCAAUUAGACGUUUUCGUGCACAAUUUUUCAUUAAUAUAUCCCUUCCAAGAACAACGGUUUACAGGAAAAAAUAUAUAUGGAAUUAUAAGAGCACCCAGAGCAGCUAGUACAGAAGCAAUCGUAGUUAGUGUUCCCUUUAGGCCAAUUCACACUAUUUAUUUGGAUACUGUUUCUUCUGUAGCUCUUCUUCUUGCAUUUGCCAAAUUUUGUAGAAGGCAAACGUAUUGGGCGAAAGAUAUUAUAUUCUUAAUAACGGAACACGAACAAUUAGGAAUUCAGGCAUGGUUAGAUGCGUACCAUGGAGUUACAAGUGGUACCGAAGGUGUAGUUAUAUCCGGAGAUCUUUCAGGUCGUGCUGGUUCCAUUCAAGCUGCUAUUAAUUUAGAAUUACAUUCGAUGAAAAUUUCAUCUAUCGACGUUAAGGUAGAGGGAUUAAAUGGACAACUACCCAAUUUAGACCUUUUCAAUUUAGCACAAAAUAUGAUUGCUAAAGGGGGAAUCAGACAAUCGUUUCACAGACGUUUUGAUAUUAAAUAUAAAGAUAAAUUUAAAAAUUGGUGGUAUCAUUUUAAUACGCUUCUUAUGAUGAUUGCUACUCAGGCUACUGGAGUCCCAACAGGAAAUCACGGGCUUUUUCAUAGGUUUGGCAUCGAAGCAAUUACUUUGCAAGGUUUUGAGGAACCUGGGCAACAAAAUUCUGAUGAAAAUUUGUAUCAAGUAGGCCGCAUAGUGGAGAGCAUAGUACGAUCGUUAAAUAAUUUACUAGAACGGUUUCAUCAAUCUUACUUUUUUUACCUACUUCCAUCGACUGAUACUUAUAUUUCCAUUGGGCUCUAUAUAAGGUCCCUAGUUUUAAUUAUUGCUGUAGUGUUUAUUAAAGCAUUUUCUAUGUGGCAAAGGCUUCAAGUAUCCACUUCUAUAGAAAAUAAAAAAAUUACUCAUAUUAAACAAGUAAAGAAAGAUGGAUUUGAUAUUGGAACUAUAACUUCCGAGAUUCUAUGGGCACACAUUUGUGGAGUUGUAAUUGCAUCAUCUCCUCAUGCAUUGACUUAUUUUGGCAGUAAAAUAUGGGAUCUUCGUACAGAAGAUUCUGUAUAUUUUGGAUUUUUGGCAAUGGCUAUUUUAACAAUAAUAUGGCCACUUUAUUGCAAAAGACGAACGAAGUAUAAAAAUGCAGCUUUAAUUUAUGUGAUCACAUCGGUAGAACUGGCCACUGUAUUGAUGUGUAUAGCAAUGCAUAAUUUUUCCUUAGCCCUCGUUGCUGCUGUAGUUUAUGUUCCUGCUAUUCUGCCAAUAACACCAAAACAAAAUUCUACCAGCAAAUUUCGCAGAGUGAUAUUCUUUUUCUGGAUUCUUUUACAUCCAUUUGUGAUCUCAAGUCUACUCGUAUUGUGUUACACAUACAUUAAUUUCUCCACAGAUUCUAUUCUUUUGAUUCUGUAUAGAGCAUACCGUGCCACAAAGCAAGCAUACGUUUUCAGUAUUAUGGAUUCAAUGAUAUUUGGAAAUUGGUUUUAUAAUGUAACAAUAUCUAUGGUACUUCCUAUUUGGCUUUUGUUCUGGAAUAUUUUAUGUUCGGAUAGUGUACUACAGUCUUCUUAAUACGUGUAAACUAUUUUUGUCAUAGCAGUAAUAAUAAUAAUAAUAAUAAUAAUAAUAAUAAUAAUAAUAAUUUUAGUUAAUUAUUUAUAAAUAUCCGUCGUUGUUUAUAUUAAAUUUAUUAAUAU